CAACGCUAUUCUUCUGGUCGCCGAGAUGGGGGCGGGAACUUCCUCCGCUGUGGCCCGGCCAGUCAUUGCUGUGUCCCCAGUAGCCGGGGGAGACCCGAGACUGGGCCAGCUCGGGGAACUGGGCAGGGAAGAACGGCGAGGCUAGGACGCACCUCCGUGCCUUUGUACCACUGUGACUCCCCUUGAACUGGGGGUGUCUUGCGGGGCCGCGCGCUGUCCGCGGCCCAGAGGCUGCGCCCUGAUCCUCGCGCGCAUUUUACGUGGGGGGCUAUUGAGGCUGGGAGUGGCACGCUCAACCCAGGGUCACGCUUCGCCCAGGGCACGGCAAGGCGGGUGGUAGGCUGAGCCCGCGAGACCCACCCUUACCGCCCCGCUGGGUCCACAGGCUCCCAUGGCAGCAGCGACGCUGAUGGACCCCGCGCAGGGCUGUGUGACUUUUGAGGACGUGACCAUUUACUUCUCUCAGGAGGAGUGGGGGCUCCUUGAUGAGGCUCAGAGACUCCUGUACUGUGAUGUGAUGCUGGAGAACUUCGCCCUGAUAGCCUCACUGGGACUCACAUCUUUUAGGUCCCAUGUGGUUGGCCAACUGGAGAUGGGGAAAGAGCCCUGGGUACCUGACUGUGUGGAUAUGACUUCGGCCAUGGCAAGAGGGGCUUGUGGCAGGUCUGGUUCUGAUUUUCGUCAUGGAACAGAAGUUAAGGAGUUACCUUCUGAGCAUAGUGUUUCUAUAGAAGAAGUGUCACCGGAUGGGAAUCUGGAGGAAGUUCUAUCCACCCAGAAGACCUACACCUGUGGCAUGUACGGUGUAUACUUGAAAGACAUUUUGCACCUCACUGAACACCGGGCUGUACAUCCCAGGCAGAAACCCUACACAUGUGAGGCAUAUAGGAACAGAUCUCAGCUCAAGGCAAACCUUUCCCAGCAGCCCAUGCAGCAGAAUGUAGACAAGUCCAUUGGAAGGGAGGAGGACAGGGCCUUACCUGGGAAGACCUGCCAAGGCCACCUGUCAGAGAAGCCUAUUGCAUGCAGGGAGGGCAGAGAGGACUUUAUGGCCACAUCAGGGUUUCCCCAGCAUCAGAUCACUCCCACCAUGGAGGACCAAUGUAAAAGCACUGCAGGUGUGGAUUUUCACACUGUUCAAACACUGAACAAGUGCAGUGAAUUUAGGGAUGCUUUCAGAGACAAAUCCACACUUGUUCAGCACGAGAGAAUUCUCACCAGAGCAAGGCCCUAUGAAUGCAGCAAAUGUGGGAUAUUCUUUAGCUAUGCUGCUGGCCUCGCUCAACACCAGCGAGUUCACAAUAGAGGAAAACCUUAUGAAUGCUCUGAGUGUGGGAAAUUCUUCAGCCAACAUUCCAGUCUCAUUAAACAUCAGAGAGUUCACACUGGUGAAAGCCCUCACGUGUGCAAUGACUGUGGGAAAUUCUUCAGUCGAAGCUCCAACCUCAUUCAGCAUAAGAGAGUUCAUACUGGUGAAAAGCCAUAUGAGUGCAGUGAAUGUGGGAAAUUCUUCAGCCAGCGUUCUAACCUCAUUCAUCACAAGAGGGUUCACACUGGCAGAAGUGCCCAUGAGUGUAGUGAAUGUGGGAAAUCCUUCAACUGCAACUCCAGCCUAAUUAAGCAUUGGAGAGUUCACACUGGAGAAAGACCCUAUAAGUGUGUUGAGUGUGGGAAAUUCUUUAGCCACAUUGCCAGUCUUGUUCAACAUCAGAUAGUUCACACUGGUGAACGACCUUACGGGUGCAGCGAAUGUGGGAAAGCCUUCAGCCGAAGCUCCGAUCUCAUGAAACAUCAGAGAGUUCACACUGGUGAACGGCCUUAUGAAUGCUAUGAAUGCGGGAAAUUGUUCAGCCAAAGCUCCAGCCUUAACAGCCAUCGGAGGCUUCACACUGGUGAACGUCCUUAUCAGUGCAGCGACUGUGGGAAAUUCUUUAAUCAAAGCUCCAGCCUCAAUAACCAUCGGAGACUUCAUACUGGUGAACGGCCUUACAAGUGCAGUGACUGUGGAAAAACCUUCAGACAAAGGUCCAAUCUGAGGCAGCACCAGAAAGUUCACAAACCAGAGAGGCCUUAUAAAUGCAGUGAAUGUGGGAAAGCCUUCAGCCAAAGGCCUACCCUCAUUCGGCAUCAGAAAAUUCACACUAGAGAAAGGGGUGUAAAUAAUAUUCCCCCUCUCCUCCCCCCCGUUCAAAAGAAAGGCAAACAACAGAGAUAAGCUCUGAGAGCAAACAUUGUAAGGAAGUUGUCAGCCAGAAGUUGAACUGUGUUCAUCCAAGUAUCCACACUGAUGAAAUUCCUUAUGAAUGUUAGAUACAGUGGAAGCUCUCUGGAGCUAAGUUACAUUUUUUUACCCUGUGUUGUAUCAGAGUUUUGUCACUGUCAAGAGUUUGUGACAAGCCAUCUCAGCUCUACACACUGCAGAGAGUGUGUUGGCCACUCCAAUGUGCUCAAGAAGGUGGGCCUCCUCUCUCUUUCCAGUCCCUGAAGGGAACUGGAAGUGGUCUGAGGCCAUGAGAAGAUGUCAUUCCCUCCCUGUGUGGCUGGUUUUGUGUGGGUGUGACCCAUCUUUGGCUAUGAAGACCUGAAUGGAGUUCUUGCUGGUGGCUUACAGAGAAGAUUUCCCUUUUUCUGGGGAUGUUGUUAGUCCUUUGUUAUGCUCAUUGUGGAUUUAUCCAGCCUCCACGUUACCUGACCUGACAACUACCUACUGUAUGUUGGUAGUGACUGAUAACCUACUGGUUCAUGUGAUAAUAAGACCUUAUGAUAAAGCCACUUUUAAUCUUACGCAUUCUGAUCACUAUAUGGGGUGGGUUGAGAACAGAAUUAAGGUUUGUCAAACUAAAGGUUUUUGCCUCAGAGGAGACAGCAGUAUGGCAGGGAACAACUCUCAGUCCACACUUGGUCUCCUUUGCAUUGCUGCCCAAAGCCUCCAAAAUUGUAGGGCUUUGUGGGCCUAAUAUUUUGGUCUGAGUGGCAUGAAUUUUUGUGUUACCCUGAGGAAAAAGGCAGUUGUGACAACCUCCAUUGCCUCUGAGAGCAGCAUGAAUUGGGUCUGUUACUCAGGAGGUGCCCCAUAUUCUCUAACACUGUUAAGCAGAUGCUAUUUAACUAGUACCUGCCAAGGAGCCAUCUUCCCUGAAGUUCACCAUUAGAUAGGUGCCUCUAACUACAAGACCUACUGGACCAAGGUGGGACCAUAAUUUGUACAGGAACACUGGGUGUGAUUAACUGGGAGAAGUGGAGACUUAGCAAACUAGAAGGAAUGGACUUAUUCUAAAGGUACAUCCAAGAAUUUUUCCUUGAAUGUGGCUGUGCAAGAUUUAGGGUUUACAGAAAUUGUUAGGACAAUUCUGAUUACUGGCAGAGCAAAUAAUCCAGAGGUUUUAUGGAUUGCUGUAAGCUUUCUGCACUCUACAUCUCAAGGCCAGUGUUGUGCUAGCAGGAAAAUAGGGACCAAGAGAAAGUAGAUCCUGUACUCCAGGGAUGUAGCAUCUGUGACAUAGCCAGUCAUUCUUUGUUGCCAAGGCACAGAGAAAUGGCAGAAUCAUAUCAGAGGUUGCUAUAUUGUCUGCUUUUCUAAAAUGAGCUUGAGGUCAGAUUUGUAUGAGCAACAGUUUCAUACUGUUAAUGCUUUGUUGAGAUGUAAUUGCCAUGCAAUAAUUGACUGUACAUAUUUGAUGCACGCAAUUUGAUAAGUUUUAAAAUAUGUGUGCACUCAGGGCACCAACACUAUAAUGAUGAUAAUGAACAUAUCAUCCACCAAGCCACCUCAUGCCUCUUUAUAAUCACUCCUUGUCUUCCCCAGGAAACAAUUUAUUUACUUUUUUUCACUAUAGAUUUGUUAGCCUUUUCUAGAAUUUUAUACAAUUGGAAUCAUAAAGUAUUUAUGCUCUUUUUUUUUUUUUUUGGUCUG